UGCAUGUUUCUCGGUGUUCUGAGACCGUGUGAGCGAGCCUGAAUUCAUUCAUACACUUAGGCAUCUUACAUGUUAGACAAGUACUAGGUACUAGGUAAGUAGGUAAGUAAAUACCUCCAUAUAUGAUCGGAUGGAGAAUAAUUUGGGGAUACCGUGCUUACAUGUCAGCUUUAAUUCCUUCCUGGGAAGUCACCACAACUUUUGUCGAGUGUGACAAUGAUGAAUCUCUCCAUGAUGUUGCCUAGACGGGAAAUAAUAUUGUCAUUUUGACGGCAUCCGAAUAACCGAUACGUCCGUCCUCAUGCGUCAUGCGGUAAAUCUUGCCGCAUAUUGGGCGUUAGACGGUGACGUUGAUUUGUUCGAUGCCCCGAGCUCCUAAUAGUCAGCCACGGACCCGGGACGUCGUAAUCGGCCGAAGGAUGACAAAGGUACUGCCUAUAUGUGUCACAAGUUUCUCUGACAAGCCGUGCUAUGCAGAGAGACGGAAGAAGCUAUAUACUAAGGGGGGAGACCGGAAUGACAGAAUAAAGAACUCCACCUGCCUAGGUAUAUACCCAACAUCCCUUCUAGGUACACAUAUCAAGCAUGUCUCAACACCUUGAACAUCGAGCCGCGUUUGAGACUCAUCUCAUUGGUUUCUUCUACCGCCAAUGGCUCAUGUACCAGAAGCCCUGGCCUAAAGGAACUAACCUCUCAGGUCAGACGGCUAUAGUGACCGGCUCAAACUCGGGACUCGGGUUUCAAGCUGCGCGACAGCUGUGUCAAUUAGGCCUCACCAACCUAAUUGUCGCCGUGAGAUCGCAGACACGAGGCGACACAGCUGCGGAUAAGCUGCGGAAAGAAUUUCCCAACUCCUCAGUAUCCGUCUGGCUUCUUGAUAUGGCAUCGUACGACUCUAUCAAGGCCUUCGCCAAGAGGUGCGAGACUCUGCCGCGCAUAGACAUCACGAUCCUGAAUGCCGGUAUACGAACUGAUGUGUUCCGACCUCACGCCGUUACCAAUCACGAGAUUGUCUUCCAGAUAAAUUAUCUUUCCACAGUUUUAUUAGCUAUCCUGCUCCUACCUGUCCUCAAGGCUAAGAAGCCGACGUCGCCAGGCGCGACGCCGCCGCGUCUUUCUCUCGUUACCUCUGACACGGCGUACUGGGCUCCGCCAUUCAAGUCACCCGGUCCAGUCCUUGUGCAGUGCGACGAGAGCGAGAAUUACAAGCCGAUGGCGGCCUAUCCACGAAGUAAACUACUACAGCAAUUUUUUGUCUCUAAGCUCGCGGAGUACGUUGACCCUAACGACGUGAUCAUCAAUCUGUCAAACCCCGGUCUCUGCGGCGGCACCGAGUUUGGCGCGGAUGCGAAGAUGGGAUUAUUCGGUAGAACGAUGUUCACCAUCUUCCAGGGUAUAAAUGGGAGGAGUGUAAGUGCCGGGACGAACGCCAUCCUCGAUGCUGUGGUGGCGAGAGGCAAAGAGACGCAUGGAAACUAUAUGAGUGAUUGGACUAUCCAACCGUUUCCCUCGUGCUAUUACACGAAGGAGGGUCAGAUUUUAAAAGAGAGGAUAUGGGAAGAAACGCUGGAGGAGUUUAACUUUGCUGGUGCCUCUAAGAUCAUUCAAGACAUGAAGCGCUAGCAUGAGAGAGAGUUUUAUCAUUGAGCCGUCGUUGAGUUAUUACCUGAGGUUAUUAUAGCGAAAUUGACUUUCUAUCUGUGUAGGCGUGGGUAUCCAUUAGAGAACUAGGGGUUCGGAAUGGAUAUCUACUUUUAGGACGAUUUGUAUUACCUCAGGUAGGUAGGCAAUUUUUGGUUAAUGGUAUGAUAUCUGUACCUACCUAGGUACCUACCUAUGUGUUUCUACAUAAUAGCUUCAUGCGGCCAUGUAUGAUAAGUAGGUACCUAUCUAGAUGGUGAGCUUAAUGAAUUGCAAGGACCUACAUGCGAUCUCGUUACGUGGUUCUUCAUAUCGCAACCAUAGGCACCUACCUAGACUCGAGAUUUAUGCUGUUCACAUUCCUAC